AUGAAAUCAGCGUUAAUUCGGCUGGGCGUCAUCGCCCUCCUCGGAGGGAAGUGUGAUGCGAUGGGUGGUGGCACGGAGGAGCUCGACGUUGAAAACCCUGGCGCCGUCGUGCUCGGAGAGACGUUCGUCCUCGCAUGGGAGUCGGUCGGGCAGAACUACUUCGAUGUCGAGCUCUUCACCGACAGCUCCGAUUGUGGUGGCAGCGCGGAGCCUGUGGACCUGUGCGGCAAGCCGGCAGGAUGCGGCGACUCGAAGGGAGAUCUCAACGUAGUCAUUCCGACAUCCGCCGGGUCUGGUGAACACUCUAUUCUGCUGAGCCUUCACGAUUACCCGGACGUGAAGGGCUGCACGGGGCCGUUCAUCGCCAGCGAGGAAGAGCUCGCGGGUCCAGAGGGCGCGUACCUGGACGUGUUCGCCCUCGACGUCGAGGAUGCGGUCAUCACCGGCACAGAGGUCACCGUCGAGUGGGACUACAGCGACGGCGAGGGCAGCACCCAGGGACGUUUCGACAUCGAACUCUACUCUGGUGCGGGUUGCUCUGGUUCGAGGGUGGCCGACAUCUGCGGGAAGACCAACUCCCAGGGCGACCUGAUCGGGUGCCCCGACACCGCCGGCGACUACGACGUCGUCAUCCCCACCGACAUCAUGUCUGGCGAAUACUCCAUCAAGGUUGGGGUGUUCGGCGCCACCAGCCCCUCGGGCUGCAGCCCCGUCUUUUCGGUCGUGGCCACCAACUCCGGGGUAAUCGACACCGGCGCGGUCGGCACCGACACCGUCGUUCCCUCGCCGUGGGACGGUUACGCCUUCCCGAAGCCCGCCUGUGACCCCACCAUCCCCGUAACGGUCCGUUACGCCGCGUCGACUCAGAGGGUGUACUUCGAGCACACCGACGGCACGACCGGUGGCUGUGCUACCCUCUCGGACGUGCUCGCGGAGCGGGUGGAGAAGAACGGCACUGUCAAGAUCAUGAACGCCAGUCAGGUUACGGGGCACUGGCUGAUCGAGGCCGACCUCUACGUCACCAACGGGGUAACUCUGCAGCUCCACGGCAGCGCCUCCGGCGGCGACUGCGACGCCCUGAGGAUCAAGUCCACGGACACGGAGUUCUUCAACCUUCGCGGGCACGGCGGUAGCCUGGACUUCCUCGACACGAACAUCACGUCCUGGGACACCGACCUGGCCGUCCCGAACGUGCGCGCGAGCGGCGACUACAACAGCGUCGACGACGACGCGGACCCUCGCUCGUACAUCAGGUGCGAGGGUUCUGCACGGACAAGAGCAACCCCGAGAUCUUCGACGAGGUACGGCCACCUCGGGGGGCUGUGGAACGGAAACCUCAUGCACGACAACGAAUGGUACGGCUUUGACCCCCACGACGACAGCGACUACCUCACCAUCCACAACAACCUGGUCUGGAACAACGGCAAGCACGGAAUCAUCGCCUCGAAGAGGUGCAACCACGUGAGCAUCCAGAACAACGAGGUCUGGAACGGCGGCUCCACCGCGGCGGGUAUCUUCCUCCACCGUAGCUCGGACUCGGCUAUAGUGACCGGGAACCACAUCCACGACAUGCAGGACUCCGGUCUCGCCACCCUGGAGUCUUUCGACAUCCUCUUCUCCAACAACCUCAUCGAGCGCUGCAAGUACGGCGUGCGCCUGUCCCUUGGCGCCGGCAACAACGUCGUCUACGGCAACACCUUCUCGGACCUCUCCAGCUACGGGUUCUUCACGUACAUCGGGAGCAACGAGCCGGACGUCCCGCCCUACACCGGGUACCGGCCUUUCGGCACCAGCGUCCAGAACAACGUCUUCAGCACGUGGCACAUGGGCAAGCUGAAGGAGGCCGACACCACCACCAUUACCGGAAACAUCUUCGAGAACGCGCUGGUGUUCGAGGUCGACAACUCGCAGGACACGACCAUGACCGGGAACACCUACCCGGACACUGUGGAAAUCUCCGUCAAGAACGACGCUUGCUUCGUGUCCGGGUCGGACCUCGGAGAUGAGCUCGGCACCCCAUGCUAAUAGAAACAAAAAAACGCCGUUCGUUCGUCUGGUGACGGUCGAACGUCGUGGCUUUGCCGUGUAAAGGGGGUGGGUAUCUAUCUCUUGGUGUCUUUCCUCUAAGCUUGUAGGUCCCUGUAUAGCUAGUUGAUCCUCGAGCCGCGGGGGCCGUCCUCAACGGCUGGCUUUUAUUGAAUUAUUACCUUGGACUAUUGUGGAGUUUUGUGUUGUUGGCGGGUGUGUGUGAAGAGCGGUAUAUAAGCCUCUUGUGGGAUAUUGAUCCACU